AUCUAAUAAACACGCACAUGGUUCUUCUUUAAAAUAUGGGAAUUCACUUGUGUUUUUAAACAUGAAUAGUCAAUUUAAACUUACACAAAGCUGCGAUAGAGUCAAGCCUGACUUGACUGUCCCUUCUGGGAGUUCCGAUAUACGUUUAGUUGUGGAAAGUAGCGAAAAUCGCCCUGAAAAACGCAGAGGUUUCCGCAAACCUGCAACCAAGAUGGCCAAAGAUUUGACGACUGAAGUGGGUGCUCGUCCUGUCCGAAGAAUCAAAUUAAACAGACGGAUUUUUCACAAGGAUUCUACCGCGAAGCCUACGAUUAAUGUCAAGACAUUGAGCGAGAUAAGGAAUGAAAAAAAGGCAAGUGAAGUGAAAGAAAAACAGACCACUGAAGUAAGUGUUAAUUCCGUUGUUCACCGUCCAAUCUCGCCUGUUGCUGUUGUAACUAAUGCAAACCACAUUCCCCCAAGAUCAUUAGUUAUAAACGCAAACACUUCUUCUGAUACCCGAACUGUUGUAAAAAGCGAGAAUAUUACACCAUUAACACGUUUACUACAGCCUACUUUCAAGCUUAAACUAAUGACAGAAGAGGAAUGCAAACGUAAUAUUAGCAAUAACGGCUUUGCUCGCAGAGUAAUAAACAGGGGCCAAAUGCAACCCAGCGAGUCUGCACAAGAUGCCAACGUCAAGAAACGAAAGGCUUGUCCAAUUCGUUUAAAACUUGCAAAAGUGGCUGAUUUUAAUCGUUCGACAACUUCCCCAUCAAAAAAGGCUAGAAUCAGUCCAAUACAAUCGCCUGUUUCUGAGCCUGUAACAUCAAAGUUUGAAGGUGUACCUGCUUCAUCCCCCACAGCACAAUCAUCAUUACCUCCACAACCACCAUUGCCCCUUGAUAGUCCACCAUCACCCCUUGAUAGUCCACCAUCACCUGCAUUAUCCCUUGGGGCAUUGUCAGACAAUGAACUAGGAAAUGAGACGUAUAUUCCUUGCACAAAUCCACGUGUUGUUGUAUUAUCAAAGCCUACUGAGUCAUAUGAAAAGGAAUAUACAAAGCCAGUUCAAACACAGGAUGUUCACUCUCGUUUGGGUCCUCGUUUGGGUCCAAUGAAUACCACUGUCUCUCAACAAAAUACAUUCAAUGAUGAUUGUUUGGACAUCAUGUCUGUUAUUGCUGAUGAUGACGAGCUCUUCCUUGAGGAUAAACCAAAUGGCGAGUUAAAACGCACCCUUUCACAAGACAGCAUUUUUCAAGAUCACCAGCCUAGCCCUCGAGGUAAUCUGAGGAGUUUGGUAAAAAAACCCAAGAGUAACUCAAAACAUCCCAAACACUCCUUAGAUGAUGCUACUGUCAAAACACCAGCGUCAAAAUCAUUUCGGAUUCCCCGUCAAGAUUGUGAGAAGGACAGCAGGGACAACUCUGACAGGAUCUCAAAACGCACAGCAGGUAGACCAGCAAGACACCAAUCUACACAUUCUAGUUCUGGCCGGAAAGCAGGUGACCUGUCAAAAGAUUUCUCCUCUAAAUCUCAUUCCUCCCCAAAACCCACAAGAGUAGUUUCAAAGGAUAGUCAUAACUUGAAUGGGUUUUCUGUCCAACCAAAAGCCCGUACUAUUCAGCAUAAUUUGUGGUCGAAUAAUAUUGUGGAAGCUUGGUCUCUUAUAAAGGAAUUAAAAGACUCAAAAUCUUAUAUUGAUUUGCGACUAUUGGAGGAGACAAUCAAAGUUUGUGAGAAAGUCAGUGUUAAAGGCAAUACACCACAAUUGGCUGAGAUUGUAUUGGGGGUUUUUGAAAUGCUAGAAAAAAGAGGUGCACUCAAACCUAUGGCAUAUAUUCUCAGUAUUUUAACAUUAUUUCGUUGUGAUAUGUUCCAGGAAGGUUUUGAUAAAUUGUCAUCAUUGCUUGAAGCUGAAACAUUUCCACCUCAAGCAUCACUUAUGCAUUUUGUGAAUAAUUUGCUAAAGUGUUUGAAGGACCAUCCAAAGAGGAUAAUUGAACUUAUAUCACAUUUGAAAAGAUUCAAGUUUUCAAAUCCAACACACAUUUUCAAUAAUUGCCUGUCAACUCUUGUCAAUGCUCCUGUUGAUGCAUUAAGAGAAAUGUCUCCUGCUAAAUGGGAUUCAUUGAUUACCAUGCUGUGUGACCCACCCAAUGUCCAAGGAGCAAUGCAAGUUCAGAAUACUAUGGAGAAGCACUGUAUACCCAUCAGUGAUGAGUCAAUUUCAAAAUUACUUCUUAUCUAUCAGAAAACAAACUGCACAAAACAGCUUUUGGACUUUGCACACAUAAAAUGCACAAAAGAAAAAUUUGACAUUGGCUCUGUAUUUGAUCAUGAUAGUUUAAACCUUCGUGAUGUUGAAGCACACAUUCUGGAUCUCCUCAAAACAAAUUCCUUGCCUCAAGAAGAAGUGUCAGUUCAUUUUAUUGAUAAAGCAUCUGCAACAAAAGAGUACCACCUGAUCUAUAAUGUGUUCCUGAAAUCCGAAGCCUCGUCUGUAUCCUUUCCUGUAAAGAUUCUCAGGAAGAUGGUUAAUGCCUUGGAGAACUGGGAAGAUAAUAUGACAGCUUCAGUGGAAGUAUAUUCCACUUUGCGAGAUCAAGUAAGGAAAGCCGUCAUGAAGGAUCCAAAGCCACUGCCACCAUCUGGUAUGUCUCAGAAAACCAACAAGAUUCAAGCCCGUCGUUGCUUUUCAUUUGUGAAAAGUGGACAUUGUAAAUUUGGUGACAGAUGCAGAUAUUCUCAUAUCAGUGAAGCAAGUUCUCAAUUCCAGCAGAAUUCAAUCCAGCCCAGUAAUCCCCAGAGCAUUGGGAAGUCAGAUGACAGAGAAGUGAAGUCACAACAUAUUUCAAGAACACAACCUGGUACAAGCACUACAAUGGUCAAUGACAAUGGUCACAGUUCACUAAAGUUUCCGAUAUUUCCCCAGUCAUCCUUUGUUCCAAUAUUCCCAAAUCACACCCCACUUCUUCGGGUCCCAAAUUCUAUCAGAAACCCCCCAGAUCAUUCCCUCAGGCUCCCUUGCCAAACGCGAUUUCCAUCAAAGAAUGUGCACACAACAGCUUCCCAAUCUGCCCCUCGAUUUGCAUCGUUUCGUACCCUCUCCUAUCCAAUGUCAAACACUCCAGUCAACACCAAGCUUCAGCGGAGUUUCUCAUGGGAACCUGGCUCCAAUACUAAAGUAACAUCGAGUAAAUCACCAUUGCCUUGUUUUCAACAGUCGAGUCCUGGUUCUGUUGACAACAACAACAACAACAACAAGAGCUCCUCUAAGAUCCAGCAACGUGUUGACGAGUGUGUUGCAUCCCGAAAUUGGAAAGACCUUCAUCUAUGGUACGUUGAGUCAAAACAAACCAACAAUGGAACUGUGGAAGCAAAUGAUUUGAGACUUCUCAGAAAUGCUUUAACACAUGAAAUUACAACAAUUGGCUCAUGCUUUGGCGCGUUUGUUGACCAGGUUCGCGAGGUAAAAGAGAAAGUGUCGAAGUCCGAUUGUGCAAGUCCUAAUCCAUUUGAUGCUUACGAUCUUCAGUUCAUCGGCUCUCUUGGAGUGAGUCUUAUGGAAAAGUGUAAUGUUUCCAAGCGAUUUGAGGAAGGCUACGAGGUAUUGCAUACUCUUCAUACUCAUAAUAUUAGUUACUUUGAUUGUGGAAGUAACUUUGGCGUAUAUACCCGAGAUAUCCCGCCAUCAGCGGUUGCCAUCAUUGCUGUCAAGCUGUGCAUAGGAAUGUCAAACGAGGGUGGUCUUCUUGGAGCCGUUGAAGUGUUACGUGCGAGCAAUUUUGCAAUGGCUGAAGAAAAUAUAACUCCAGCUAGUAUGGAUCACAGAAUCAAGGUAUUACAACAGCUAUUUAAACUGUUGUUUGAUCAAGGGAAUAUCACCGAGGCGUAUGAAAUUGUACAACAUCUAAAUGCCAAUCCUUCCGUCACAAAUUCGCUGUAUGGGAAAGUUUUAGAACAUUACGCGGAUUUGGAAGAUUUCGACCAGGCUUUCAGCGUGGUAAAUGAAAUGCAUGAGAAGAGACUGCAUCUGAACAAUUCCCUAAUACAACAUGUUUACAAGAAAUUUCUCAAACUCUGCUUAGCUAAUGGUCAAGAUGACGAAGCCAUUUCAUCGAUGGAAGAAAUGGGGAUUAGAAAAAUAAAUUUUGAUGGUGAAGUGUGGCAAGAGAUCUUAAGCCAGACUGUUCCAACAACGAAUGAGCUUCUUCAGAACAUGAUAUUCCAUCGUUGUCGUGAUCUUGGUGUCUAUCCUGCCACCUUCUUCAACGACACUCCAUGGUUAUGUGAAUUGAGUUGUGGUUACAUUCGCGUCGAGGUGAAACUACUUAUUGUACUACAUCUUAAACAACUCCAUCAACAUUUGCAACAGAUUGCAUGGAAACAAGCUGCAUUGUCCCUAUCCGCUCUUAAACAAUUCCAGAUCACGAUCAUCCCACGAUUAGCGACAGGAAAUCAAAGAUUGAAUGGUGGUACUCAAACGACAAUGAAACAGAACAGUUUGAUUGUCGCCAAAGUUUUGUGGGAAGAUCUCAAUCCACCUUUAACGAUCUCUGAACAAGCCCACGAACAGUUUCACUCCAGGUUUGUUAUCGAUCCAAUGUCUCUGUAUCGAUGGUUCAACGCCAACAAACAUGAUUGCGAGCGUGACGAGGAUGAUGAUGCUUCAUCAAAUAGUUCAAUUGAGAGCUGUGUAUCAUACAUGACGAAAAUAACAACGUUUGAUUAAAGAAGAAGAAAGGAAAUAAAAAGGUCUUCUCAGUGUUGGUUUCAGUUAUCUAUCAAGGUCACCGUGCGAGGUUUUGUCUUUAUAAUGUAACAGAGGUAACAGAGUGAACAUGUAUAACUAAAAGACAGAGAAACAUUGAUCAUAUACUUAGCGUGUAAAUGGUUCUGUUGUGGUUCUUAAUGUUUUUCAGGUGCCACGUUAUUUCAUUUAAAAUCGCGGGUGAUAACGUGAAAAUUAUGUUUAUAAAAACGACUGUUUCACAACUACCUAUAAAAGUAUGUACUAUGUUUGAUAGAUACGUUGGACUUAGCCUUAAGGUAGUUUGAUUAAUCAUUCAUCCUUUAGCUUUCGAAGGACAAGCAUAGUUAAACUGUGAGAUUUAAGUAGAGCAUGCAGUGAUACAAACGCAAUGAUUCCUUUGCUUUGUGUAGUUGGGAUACAAUUUCUGUUUCCGCUGCAAAGACGAGCAAAGCAAUUUUUCUUUCAAUAUAAUGCACCACUCAAAAGGAUUCAACAAUGCUAAAAGUGUAAGACAGACCUUAAAGACAAGGUGUUUUUAAAUUGUGUGGUCUUUUAGUCGAGAUACUAAAGAAUGAAUGAUUUAUGGUUUAAACUAGUUGAUUUUGAUCAUACCUGGGUUUCCCUAAUACUUAACGGGCUUUUUUUUGUAUAGUAUGUAUAUAUAUAUAGUUUAAGUUUGGUUCUUCAAAGACUUUCACUGAAAGCACAAACCAUUGACAUUGCGUGUUUGCUUGUAUGUUAUACAUAUUACAUCUGCAUGUGUAUUAUUAGACUUACAAGGAGUCAAGGAAAAAG